GGAUCAAUUCUGGGUCCCUUACUGUUCUUACUGUACAUUAACGAUCUACUAGAUUGUCUUGAUAAAACCACCCCUUGCUUGUAUGCAGAUGAUACUCAGAUUUUUUCGGCAGCGAAAGACUUAGAAAAACUUACCGAAAAUAUAAACCAUGAUAUGAACAAACUCAGAGAAUGGCUAAUUAGAAAUAAAUUACAACACCAUCCAACAAAAACGAAAGUAAUGUAUAUAGGAUCGAGGCAUAACCUCAAAAUUAUGAAUGAUGAUCUUCCCGUAGUAAUAAAUAACAGCUGGUUCCUCGUGAGAGGUCAUUUACCUGUGGAAUAG